AUGGAUCUAGACUUUGCAUUUAGGCAUGAUCAUCCUGCACCUUUGAUUGAUGAUUCCACUGUGGAUCAAAAGGUGACCUUUGACAAGUGGGAGAAAUCUAAUUGCAUAAGUCUGAUGAUCAUGAGAAUGUCAAUUCCGGAAUCACUAAGGGGUUCAAUAACUGAGAAAGAGGAUGCUAAAACCUUCCUUAAGGAAUUAGCGGACCAAUUCGUCUCAAACGAAAAUGUCGAGACUACCAUACUUCUUAUGAAAUUAGUGUCCAUGCAGUACAUAGGGAAGGGUAAUAUUAGGGAGUAUAUCAUGGAGAUGUCCAACUUGGAGAUCCGCGGUGGUUUCUCUUCUCCGGAGUCGUCAUCUGCUUGCUCCCUGAAAUCUUCACCCGUCGCCUCUAGCUCUUCGUCGAGUUACGCUUUCAGACAAGAUCAAAUUUGGCGUCGUAUAUGGGAACUCUCGCCUGAAUAUGAGACUUUGUGA